CUCGUGAUAGUUAUUGUUUGGUUGAAACAUCUCUAUAUUUUUAUAGACAACACACACAAGUGAAAAAAAUAUAUUGGCAUGUAGUUGUGUACGUUUUGAGUUUUUGAAAGCUAUUUCUACAUGAGUCUCUUGGGCGUAAUCCACGUAUAACUCUUAAAGCUCGCUUCCGAGCAAUGAACACCUUCCUUGGUAGUGGCUGGUUGCCACAGAAGUGAUGUCGUAUUCAAUGACUUCAGAAUGUACCAAAACAAGUGGUGGGACUUGACCUUGCAUUCUGCCUGUUGGAUGAUAAUUUUCUAGUGACCCUUCCAACUGCUCUAAAAGAGAUGGAUGGUUUAAGUGUUCUAACGGCCUCCAACAAUAUGAUGCGAAUUUUUCCAUACAAUUUGUUUCCAUUACAUGAAUUUGCUUUGGAUUUGUCAAAUAAUCCAUUCACUUCACGCUAUUUUGUGAUACCAGAUAGACCUCAGAAGUACAAAGUACCAUCUCUCAAAGAACUUGCUGCCCGAACUGUGGUUGACUACAGAUUACCUGUGACCACUUUACCAUGGUGUCUUAUAGAGUAUCUGCAAAGCGUGCAAUUUUGUGCAAUAUGCUCUGGUGGAUAUUUUGAGAGCUCUAUUGCAUGCCGUUAUAUACCCAGUUUCAGAGUCUGCAUUGAGGUUUUGCCAGGAAAUGGACACUUACAUGGUCCAGGUUUCAUUAUAAACUUGUGUUCAAGAAGCUGCAUGCAGCCAGAGUUAAAGUUUUGUGAGGUUCUCAAUCAUUUAACCCCUGAACAAUAUUACGACUGGAUUAAAGAAAUGUUUUGAGCUGUACGCACUCUAAGUAUGCUGACAGAGUUAAAGUUUUGUGAGGUGGACAAUGAUUUGAUACCUGAACAGUAUGAUGAUUUGAUUAAAGAUAUAUGUUGAGCUGUGGUUACUCUCUUUCUAGCAUAUCACUGACAUAAGCAGGUCUAUGCACUGUUAUGAGCACUUGCCAUAUUUUAUUUUUGUAAUUUUAGAGGUAGUUUUCUGAUGAUUUAUUGGCAGAAUUUGACACUUUGAAAUGUUUACAACCAAAAGUUUUAUGUGCUUUGUUACACAUAUUAAAAUUCUGUUGUUGUUUAUUUGUAAUGAAUCUGUAUUUGCAGCCAGUUGUUCAGUAAACAAUGAAGGUGUAAAGUUUUAAAUCUUGGACCAAUACUCUGUUGGGACAUCGUGAUAUUUGAAAUCCCAGUGCUAUGGAGGUAGUGAUUUGAUUUGAUAUAUUAUUGGUCCUGUAGAUCAUACAAUUUGUACAGCAAAGCACAUCAUGAUAUAGGACAAGUCAAUUUGAAAAAUUAUGUUAAGAUGGUAUAUGACGAGAGAUGACAGUAGUGGUACAUAACUCACAUAGCAGAAUACAUACAGGAUAUAUAGACAAAAUAUAAAAAAGGUGGUGUGUGAAGAGGGAUGACAGUGGUACAUAAUGCACAUAGCAGAAUACAUAUAUGAGAUAGUGGAGGUGAACAUGAUCUGUUUUCAGUGAUUGCCUUAUGUACAAGCUCAGUUUGUAAUUUUGCAUUUUCAGUACCUAUUUCAACAAUAUUUGAAACCAUUUCAGUGGUUAAGGACUUUGUAUUUGAUAACUAUAUGUAUAACUUAUUCUGCACAUUUUUAUCUUCUAGUCAGAGCAUUAAUUUCAUUGUAGGGAAGUAAUACUCAAAUGCAGCUGUUUAUACCUAGUGCUCAUUUUGGACAGCAUGUUUUCAUGGCACAGUCACUGCAAUUUUGCAAAUUUAAAAUAAAAGUACAGGUUUAGGAAAGUUAUGUCACUGUUGGUGGUAUUAAUUUGCAUAAAAUCUGCAAAACAUAAUUGUCACUCUUAUACUCACAUUGUGGUAUCUGUACAGUCCACUGAGAGGAAGUGAUUUACAGAAUCAUUAAUUCAUGUCAUGGGUUACUAGUUGUUGGCAAACACUGUCACCACUGGUACUACAUUACUCUUGCGCCUUAAAUAUGUGACUAUAAAAUUUAAUAGAAGCUGUGUUUCAGUAAUAGCAUUAAGAAGUUAUUAGCGAUAAAUAAGCUUUACAAUAAAUUCAAAAAUAGAACUAUAAGUAAAUGUGUGUUAUCCAGUAGUUAAUGAGUGUAAUUGUAGAUUUUAAUUAAUGUAAUGCUGUAGUGGGACUUCCUGUUUUGGCUGCAGCUCAGCAUUACUCACAGAGAAUGUAUGUAAUAUGUAAUGAGAACAACAUGACACACAUGAGCUUUUGUGCAUCUGAUUUACAUUUUAUUAAUGAAUUGUAACCUAUAUUUUGAAAGUGGAGCAUAAAAAUGCACUACUAGUGCCCAUAAAUUGUGUUCUUCACUAUAUAAGUUAUAAUUAGGAAACUAACAAAU